AGUCCUGAUUCGGAGCAGAGUCCUUCGGGAAAACGGCAAAUACAUUCCAAAACAGUCUUUCCUGACCCGGAAAUAUUUUUUUAAUAACCCAGAGGAUGGAUUUUUUAAGAAAACAAAAAGAAAGGUUGUGCCUCCUUCACCAAUGACAGAUCCUACCAUGUUGACAGAUAUGAUGAAAGGGAAUGUAACCAAUGUUCUGCCUAUGAUCCUCAUCGGUGGUUGGAUCAACAUGACAUUUUCGGGAUUUGUCACAACAAAGGUCCCGUUUCCUCUGACGCUGCGUUUUAAACCAAUGUUGCAGCAGGGAAUUGAACUGCUCACUUUAGAUGCGUCCUGGGUGAGCUCUGCUUCGUGGUACUUCUUGAAUGUGUUUGGACUCAGAAGCAUUUAUACUCUCAUCCUGGGCCAAGAUAAUGCUGCAGAUCAGUCUAGGGUGAUGCAAGAACAAAUGACAGGGGCAGCAAUGGCCAUGCCAGCAGAUACUAACAAAGCAUUUAAGACGGAAUGGGAAGCUUUAGAAUUGACUGAUCAUCAGUGGGCCUUAGAAGAUGUAGAAGAAGAGCUCAUGGCAAAAGACCUCCAUUUUGAAGGCAUGUUUAAGGAAGAACUUCAGACCUCCAUCUUCUGAAUUUGCGAAUAUGGUUUUGUCUCUCCUUGUAAAAGUAAUUUGAAAAGAAAUCUGUUACUUAAAACUAUAUAAUGUAUUUUAGCAAGGCUGAGAAUAAAAGAAAAACACCGUGUUCAGAA